AUGAAGAGGACCUGCCAGCCUAUUUCCUCAAGCAGUACAGGCAGAACCUCCUGCCCUUGCUCAGGUGAGGGGACUCCUCCACCCACCUCCAUGCCCUCCAUCCUCUUCUCCCGUUUCCUCCAUCCCUCCUUCCCCCACGGUGGCAAACUCCCCGAUCUCCACCACUUCAGCCUCCUCUCCUCCCUCCCUUCCCCACCCUGUUCCUACCUGUGCCCCCCCUUGCUCUGUCAGAGGGUUCCCUGCUGGGGAUGCCAUGCGGCCAGACGGCAUCUGAGAUGGUGCUGGGUUGCUCUGGCCCGUCAUCCCACUCUGGACACAGUCCAGCACCCUGCCCAGGCACCAGACCCAACGUGUAACCUCGAUGGAAACUUCUGUGGCAGGAAACACAGGCUGACAGAGGAGGGCUCCCUGUCUCCAUUUGUUCGCCUCCAGGAGAAGAGGAAAGAAGCCAAGCAGGUGCAAAAGGCUCUGGAGGAGAAGCGAGAGGCCUUCAAGGAGACGAUGGCCGACAUAGCCCGCCGGUGGAGGGAACUCCAUGCCAAGGAGGACCAGCUGAAAACCUACAUGGAGAAAUCUAUGAGGAGGUUAAAGGAAGAUGAUAAGCUGCGAGUCCAAGCUCUGAAGAAAGCCAUGAGAGAAAGAGAGCAGAAAACACAAAAGGAGAUGGAGCUUGUGAGGGCUAAGAAGAAACUCGGAGCCCUGAAAAAGGAACACCAGAAGCUGAGCAAGCAAGUGCAGAAGUACUCCAUCUUCAAAGAAUACCUGGAGGACGUGGUGAAGAUCUCACCACAGUUUGAGGACAUCCAGGACGUCAUUUCCCGCUACAAGCUGCUGGUGAGGACGCGCAAGGACCUGCAGCAGUCACAAGAGAAGGACAAGGAAAUGAUUAAGCAAACCAAGGUGCUCUUGGACCGGUACGAGGCAGAGAAAGCUGAGACCCUGCAGUACCAAAAUGAGCUGGAGCAGCUCCAACAACGUUUUGCGCAGGCUCAAAGUGAUGUCCGCUCCUGGACUGCUCGCUGGGCCGACAUCCAGAACAGGAAUGUCAAGAAUGGCCUCAUGCUGACGACUAUGAAGAUGGCCAUCCACAACCUCUUCCAGUGCGUGAACACGCAGCUGAAAGCAAAAGUGCAUGUGCCGGAGGAUGACAGCCUCAGACAGCUGGACAUGAUUCAGCAGUCUAUCCUAGACCUCAAUGACAUCGUUACGGAGGUGAAACGAAGGACAUGGAGAGCCACCGGCGAGCAGCUAAGCACGGGCAUUAAGGGCAAGAGGAGGACAGAGAGCCCUAGGGAUGUUGUGUUACGUCCGUGA